GCAGGGUUGAGUCUGGAUCUGACAAUUGAGGUAUGGUACCUUAGUAAUGGUCCGCACCUUCGAUUCUGCAUUCAACAUCGUCAGUCCAUGCGCACUGUCGCCUCAACACCGGAGCUUGGGAGUCCGACUGUCCGAGUCUUGGAAGAAGCUAUGGUGGGUCCCAAGGACCGCGUCCUGACCGUGCUUGGCGAUUGUGAUUUCCAUUCAGGGCCGUGAGCCAUUCUUCAGGUUGCAGGCUGAAUGUCAGAUAGUGUUGAGAUUAUGUUGUCAGGUUAAAGACUGGGAGUACAGAGUAAAGACUGAUAAUGUCUCGCAGACAGGGGGGAACCACAACGUCACCGCUGGGCGAAGUGUGGCUCCACCAGCAGCUCAUCCAGACUUCCAGAUGGUCAAAACCGUCCAAGCAAGAGAGCCGGGAUAUACGGCAGCAGUUUUCUGGUAGUCCUGAUGACUUAUAUGUACUCGUAGGCUGUGCUAUUUUAUUCUCAGGGCUCAUCAAGUCUCCCACACCUGGCUUGGACCAGGAAAUCUUCAGUUCAGUGCUGCGGACAACUCCAAGCUCGAUUAGGAUGUUGACUCAAGCUCUCACUGAUGCAGGGACUUGACAGGAAAGUGAGACAAAUAGAAAUACUGGCAUUUGCAGUGCAGGAGCAAGAAUGUGUACCCACGGAUUGCGGGAGCCUUGGGUCAGGACGUUUCUGUCCGGAGCUCAGCCCAGGUAGGCAACAUGAUUACCUUCUUAGCUGUACAUUGCGCUUUCAAUGCCACAUGCCUCCUUAACCUCUGGGAAAUAGUUCGAGAAAUUGCGGUGCAUGGGACUGUUGUUUUGUG